UGCAUCUUAAAAGAGAGAGAACAAGCUUUGAACAAAAUGAUGGAAUAGAAAGCAUCAAACAUAUAAUAACCUUUUUUCUCCUUUAUAUGUUUGUUUCUUUUUGUGAUUGUUUUAAUACAAACAAUUAACUACAGGAACACGACACAACGACCUCCACUCUUUUAUUUUUACCCCGCAAAAAGUACUACCUCAAAUGACAUCAAAAUUCAAUCUAUUUAAACACACGUUUUUUCUUGCUUUUUUUUUCAUUUCUUUUCUUUUCUUUUUUAUUUUAAACAAUGUCUACUAGUCCACACACUGAAAAAGCUCAUCAAGCCUUGUCCAGCUUGAAAGAACUCGCCUCUACCACUGACGGCUGGACCUUUGUCCAAGAAAAAGAAGGUGUCAAGCUUUAUAACAAGACGGUCGAGGGUAGUCCUAUUCCUCUUGUCCGCGGUGACAUUGUCAUCGAAGGUGAUCAAUAUACCCCACAACAACUCUUGGCUGUUUGUACAUUCCCUGGAUGCAGAAAGAUUUGGGACGAAAAGUACGAUACCUCAGAAAUUAAGCAAUUAUAUAACAGAUUUGAAUCCUUAUUCUGGACAAAGUUAAAGACACCAUGGCCCAUCAGUCCUCGUGAUAUCGCAGGUACCUCAUUGCGUGAAACCUCAGAUAAUGGAGGCUAUAUCGUCUUGACCUCUGUCACUGAUCCUCAGAUCCCUGAAAACUCUGGUGUUGUUCGUGCCAACUUGAUCCUCUCUGGUUGGAAAGUUGAAAAGACAAGCACCGGUAUUUCCAUUGUUUAUAUUACACAAAUAGAUUUGGCUGGUUCCAUUCCUACUUCCUUCUUGAAGACUGUCCAACAACAGGUCCCUCUUUGUGCUGGUAAGGUCGUCAAGUAUAUUAAAGAUUUCGGAUAUCCCCCUCUUUGCUUGGACGCUACAGCCACUUUCAAGAAGGAAUCAUUUGAUCAUGGCAAGAGAGAAUAUACAGCCGAAUUGGAUGGUGAAGGUGAGGCUAAGUGGUCUUACUCAAAGCAAAUGUAUCCUGGUGGCGUCAGAGUCCAUGUAUCUGGCAAUGGAUCUGUUGAAGUUGUUAAUCAUGAAAUUAUUCUCAAGGGAGUCAAUGGUCCUGCCACUGUUACGAUCACCAAGUCUUAAAUAAAAAAAAAGUGACUAGUUUAUUUAAGUUUCGUUUUGCUUAUUUUUGAGGUACACUGGAUGAUGAUUUUCGGACUGUGAUAUACCAUAUCUGUAGUCUAGCUGUAACAAGUAAAGACUAGUUUACUUUUAAGGGCAGGCUAAACAUUCAAAAAAAAAAGCUGUUUGAUUCAAUAAGAACAAAAUGUUUAUUUCAAAGAUAAGAAUAAAAAAGUUGAUAUCGUUCAAGUGUGAGUGAAAAAUGAUAGAAAAAAAGAGGGGGGAAACGCAUCAACCAGAUUUGAUAAAAAAAAACUGUGUUUUCUUUGCAGAAAAGCAAAGCCAUUGUGAGCUCCUCAUUAAACCCUAUCUAAAUUUAUUGAAAAAAUUAAUACAAUAUUAAAUGCAGAAUUCUAUUGUGAGAUUCAUAUGUGGUCAACUUGUUCGAUAAAG